ACUUCUGCAACCAGAUAUCAUUCUUAUUUCAAAAUUCUGGCUAUAGAUUUAUCAACCCAUUAUUUAGAAUGUGAAUUUGACAAGGAUUCCUAAGUCUUAAAUGAAAGGUACUUACAAGAACCCUCAGUAAAUGGACUAGUCUACCAAUGGUUCAGAGCAGUUUUCUGAGCAUUUAACUUGUUAGUAAUUCUGCUGCAGAAAUCAAAAUAUUUAAUAAAUUUGGAUAACUACCUCAUGAGUGAGUGUUUUUAAYUGCCAUGAAAAGUGGUGGUGCUUAUGUUUGUUAGCUUUAAAGUCCUACUGUCUCCAUCUGUAUAUAGUUGCUGUGCCUGAUGACUGAUGUUGCCAACUGGUUACUUCAGCUCUGUGACAGAGAGAUAUAAAAAGCUUUUCAUGUAUGCAGGAGAUGCUGUCCUCRUCUCUUGGUCAGGCAGUCUAUAGAUACACAGAAAUUCUCAGUGCUGUGUUUUGAUACUGUUACUGUCAAUAUAUUGCUAAUGAGUAUUGCCAGAUAAUCUAACUGGUAAAUAUUAAAURUGUUUUUUAACAGCACUUAUUCCUUGUAAUGCCACUUCUGGUUUUCAUAUGGGUGGGACAAUAAGUAGCUCUCUCUGGAGACUGCAGGUCUGACCUGAAGYUUGCUGAAGUCAGUAACAAAUUAAUCUGAUUUCAGUGACCUUCCCAUCAAMGUGGCCCUUUGUGAUAGAGGCUUUUAUGGGUCAGUGUGAAGGCUUCUCCUUUCUCAGUUCCUGUAUCAGUGAGAAUCUGUGUAAGUWGCUGGUUUGUSUCAUUGUGGCAUAAUCUUUAGCUUUUGAUUGGUAUUUUCUCUUUUUUAAUUUAAAACACUAAAGAGGGUAUGAUGUAGUUACCCAAUGCCGAAAUAUUUGAGAUUUCCAUCUAACUGUUAAAUGUGUUUGAAAUUAGCUAAUGAAAWAUUAGGUAAUGGGAAAGCUGACAGAUACACAGGCAUAAGAACYUCCACAGAUGUAUUGUGAGCAUGCCAGCUUUGUUCUCUUGAAUAAGGUUAGGAGGGAGAGAAAGUACUUUAGUCAGUUUAUUUCCUGGAAAUUAUGUUUUUUMGAAAAUUGCACUGUCUACUUCAGUGAACAUAGCAAAUUACAGUAGAAAGUGGUUUGCCAGGAGUGAAAUAGGAAUUGUUUGAAAGUAACAUUUACAAUUGAAAUAGAUGGUUUUUUUUUGUGACUCUUGGUGUCCUUGGCUGUCUGGCUGAAAAUUGUACCCAGGAUUUUUCCAACCAGGAAUCACAGCAUCAGUGCAGAGGCUGCAAACCAGUUUUUUUUCUUGGUUUAAUACUCAAUUGACAAUCAGAAGUUGUUGACAUAAACAUAGUGUGUGUUGUUUAAAUAACAAACAUUAGAGCUCUUAUGAACUAGAAAAUACUAGUCUCCUGUAGUGCUUUUGUUUGCAUUUCUAUUAGCAAAAUCAACUUUAGCCUCUUUCACUUUGGAAGAGUGGUUAUGGAAAUCAAGGUUGUUAAAAUAUCUUUGAAUGCUUAAAUUUUCUGUGAAAUAUGUUGGUGGGUGAAGCCUAGAUACAAAGCAUAAAGAAUUGCCAUUCAAGUUUGUUGGUACAAUUGAAAUUGGUAUCAUCUCUCAGAAAAGUCCAGGAGUACAUUGGCUAGUAUUUUUCAACACACUGUGGAUUUCCUGAAAAAAAAUCCCUGGUUAUGCUGAAAGUAAACGUGUACAUGUGGUAUCUUUUUUCSUAGUCAUCUUUCCCAGACCUCAAGAUUGUUCCUGGUGCCUACUGRAUGCAGAGAUCUAGCACAAAAUCACUGUUGUACAGCUCAUCCAGAGGAAUCUCAGAAAUAAAAAACAUUUCUGUUUUAAUAAAAUURUUCCUUCUUGAGCACACUUGAACAUUUUUUGAAAACAUGUUAUCACGUUUUUCUUGAUUAUUAUUUAUUGUCYAAUCUUGUCAAUGUUGACAAGAUAWUAUCUAAUUUAUCUGCUCUACUUUAAUUCUUCUAUUUUUUCCUUUGAAAGCCAGUAGGUUGAAGGUAAGCUUAUUUGACUGGUAAGGCAGGGUCUCUGCAUAUCAUUAGUAAGAGAUUUUCUGGUUUCAGAAGGCCUAGUACGUUGUGUUCUUCUGACUAAAUGGGUCAAAAUCACCAUGAAAUUGGUAAAAGCUUAUCCUGAUUUYUUUUUGUCUUACCAGUUUUCAGAUAAGCCUGGUGUUUUUCUUUAAUAAGGGAACACUAAGUGGCAGUCUAAAUAAUAUGUGCUUUUAGUUUGUUCAGUUAUCAUUAGAGAUUUUCUUGAACAGAGGAUGCAAUACAUUCACCUCAGGUUUUAAGGCUGCAUUAUCAUAAAUAUGGCAUUUACAUAAAUGUAAUGGGGGCUAUAUAAGCAGAAAUUGAGCUUUUUUCCCCAUGUGAUCAAAAACCUCGUGGAARUAAUAGAUGAAUAGGUGAAGGAAGGAAUUAGAAGCCACUCUUUCAUUGUUCUGUUAUCUCUGUAUACUUUACCCCUGACCUACAGUGAACCCAUGUUUUAGGUGUAAUUUAUUCUUGUUUAUUAGAUGGCUAAUUCAGUGWGGGUUAUUUAAGUUAAAGAAAUUAAUGGGCCUGUUACUGAAAGGAAUUAAUGGGCCUGUUAACUGAAAGAAAAAAGAGUCAGUUAUUUAAUGAAACAUUCAUCUUUUUUCUUUCAGAGUGUGUCUUAAAGUCACAACAGAAUAUAGUGCACUGCCUCAGGACUUAAAGUAAUUCUUAAAUAUUGAAAACUAAGGUUUGAUUGGGUGGGUGUGUUCUGCACAAUAUAUAAGGUAAGAGAGAACCUCCUUCAAAUAGUCUGUGAGAUUCAGGAACUAAAUUUUAAAAAAUAGUCGUAUCAGAUGCCCAGUGUUUAUCCUGACUUUGAAUCAUUUGGAUAUUUUGUGCUUGCAAACCAGCACCAGGAGACCUCAAGAAUGCAAUAAAAGCAGAGGAGGAUAAUAAAUUUUAUAUUGCAGGAAGAGAAAAGUGUAGAUAGAGAAAUGAGGUAACCAGRGACAAUGACUCUUAAAAUCUCAACAGGUAAGGUGAAAAGCUGAGGUGAAAAGAGUAGUUUUGUGUGUUAUCAAAAAGGUGAAGGAUUAUGUACCAGGGAAUGUUUGAGGUGCAGUAAUUGUUUAAGGUGUGAGUAAGUAAGAUUCACUCAGUGAGUUCUACACUUGUUUCAAUUUACUGUGCUAGCCAAGUAAAUUGUUUAACCUUUCACUGCCUCAGUUUCCAUGAAAAAAAACCCACAUGAUAAUUUUUUCCCAACUUCUUAAAAAUAUGGGAGGACAAAUACAUUAAGUAUUGUAUGUAACCAAGCCAAUUUCAAACUUGUAAGGUCCUCAUAUCUAAAUGAAUAUAGGUCAGAAAUUACAGAGCAUGGGUAGUAUUUAUUCUGAAGGAUAAACUCCUGGAAUUUGCUUUUCUGAUGAAUAGAUGCAGUUUUUGUUUCCUUUCAGACUUGGUUUUCCUCAGGAACUAUGGGAAAUCUUUAGAUUAUUUUCCCAAGUGACUUAAAUGGUUUUAGGUACUGAUGAUUCCUGGCACAGGAAGGAGUUUGGCCUCUUUGACCCAAAAACUCACUUGGAAAUUGCCAAAGGAGGUCAUUUAGUAGAGGACUUAUUACAYGAACCAGAAAGUCAGCAGAGGUCACUCACUGUUCCUAAGGUAAUUUAGGUUUUGAAAAUAUCAGCUGUAUUUUAAUUGCAAACAUUAAUUAAAUAACACCAAGAUUAAAUUCCUGUGGUGUGGUCAUAGAAUCAUASAACAGCUUGGKUUGGAAAGGUUCUUAAAAAUCAUAGCUCAAGUAUAUAAUUCAGCUAUUAUGUAACUGAAAACUUUCACAGGUUUGAGUAUUGUCCUUUAAAAGUUUCAUUCUUAUGGGAUUAAAUUUCAAUGUACAACUGCAGAAGCUGGGACACUCCAAUGCUUUAACUAGUAUUUGUUUUGUUAGGAGCAUAAAAGUKAGCAAUAGCAGUCACUGGCUUUUGUAGCUUCUCUGUAUUUUGCCCUCUCUAAUUUUAGUGGUUGUAUGUUGCUUUUCCAGUGACAGCAAUGAUAUACCAGCGAUCACUAUUCCAGGAUGUUUAUGGUUUUUCCAUGUUACAACGAGCCUUAUGAAUGUGCAGAUUUAUCGACCCCUAGUGGGGUUGUUAGGAAAAUGGUUGCUAAUUCAAUUAGUACUAAAUGCAAAAUUUGCAUAUUUUGAAAUGCUGUAUUUAUUUCAAUGGUCUUUUCCUUCUAUUUWCAGCUGGAUUAGCUCUCGAAUUUUUUCUGGUGUUCUCUACAUCUGCAGAAUUGCCUAUUACAGCAWCUUCURUUAGCAGCAGCACUCCCAAAACAAUUAGCUAARAAUCAGCAUUUUAAUGAACAGUUAUAGCUGUUUCUGCAUAUUUUUAAAUUAUAAUUAUACAGCAGAAAUUUUAAAAAAUAACGGGUCUCUUUUGUAUGCUGUGUAAGUGGCCUUAUUUUUAAUUAGCUAGAAAAGCUAGUAAUUUCUUGAGUAGUUUGAUACUAUGUGAAUGWAUUAAAGCAAAUCCUAAAUCAUCUGCUCAAGUUUUACUGACCUCUUAAUGGUUAUUAAAUAAUUAUAAUUUAUCAGUAACAGGAUGAAACAGUAGCUUCAUGCUAAAAUUACAUGUAAAAUAUUGCAUUUCUAGCAAACUCUAAUUUUAAAUAAYUCUAGUGUUUUAAUCAUUUAGUUGRAACURUAAUUUUCUGGGAGUUGAAAUGAUCUCCUAACCAUGUGGUGAAGAUUUCUUACAGACAUUUAUUUCACAUUAGUUAAAAUCAAGUGCUGAGUAGUGAAUUCACAUUUUACUGUUUAAUUAGCAGUAAUAAGUGAAGACUAAUAUGUCAAUAAAUAAGGUUAACUUCAACUUCAUUUUAAUAUGUUUCCAAGUAUCAGAAUCAGAAACUGAUUUAUUUAUUUUUCUAUGCAAGUUUGACACAAAUAAAUGUGAAAUGUUUUUAAAAUAACUUCCCUUAUUUGUAUUUUGUACAUCUAUUUUUAUAGUCACUAAGUAGUGGAGUAGUGUUUUUAUCAGUUAAACUAUGAAAUACUCCUCUGAAUUUUAGGUAUUUUUAAAAUUGUGAAGAAAAAGUAAACAAAAAAAGUUUGCAUUUCCUAAUAUUUAUUAUUGUGCUUAUUGCAUAAACCACAUUAUUUAAAGUCCAACUUACACAGCAGUCAAAAAUGUCAAAAAGAUCUCAAAUUCAUAUUUUUGUGGGAGCACCCAGUAUUCCGAGCCCGCUGGAGGUGUUAGAGCAAAGUAGUUCAGCACCUACUGCUGAGAAAUGGAGAGAACUCCACUGUUUGUGUGAUCCACGUGGGUUUGUUUCUGGAAAAAUCCAGGGUGCUGCUGCUCCCUCAGUGCUCCAGGCAAAAAGCUCCACGGUCACAGGAGUUCCUGCAGCUGGUGACAGYGCUCAGCAGGGAACGUUAAUGGCAACAGAAACAAAAGAUUUGACAUCUCCUGCCCCUGUGGCAGGGACUUGUACCAACACAGCUAAAAAGAGCACAAGUUUAACUUCCUCUGAUUGUCAGGUGUCCAAUGAUACAAACCCACCUGCAGAUGUAAAUCAGGCUGCAGAUCAGCACUUUCCCCAGAGCUGUGCAGAAUCAGCUGGACAAGAAAAACCAUCACAGGGCUGCUGCCCAGACCUCACUGAGAGAAGAGCCAGCCAUUUGGARGUUAACAGCUCUGACAUUUCUGAUUUGGCUGCCAGUACUAAGCAGAUCAGCAUCCAACCAAGGUCUGUGGGACUUCAGUCAAGUCAUAGAAGUGAGCAUCAURAGCAGCUAAGUCAGUAUCUGGGUGUGUUUUUACAAAAGAGUCAAGAGUCUAAACCAAAGGAACCAAAUGACUGUUCAGACUUUGCAGUGUCAGCAGACACUGAAUUUCGUACUGURGUGACUUCGAGUCAUAUGGCUGUUUUUGCACAGGAUCAGAAUGAGAUUGUGGGAAGAAUGGUAAAACUGUCAGAAACAGAARCAGGCAAAAAAGCUGAAGAGAGGCAGUAUGAUCACUUCCAAUGUGAUUCUGGUGUUGGAACAUGUACUAAUGUGACUGAAAAUGAAUAUAAGGAAGAGGAUGCAAGUUCUCUUGAACUUUUCAGUUCUGAGGASGAUGAGAAAAAUGUUUCGUUUGAAGCCACAAAACAAGAAGAAGCUGCUGAGGAAAAUGCAGAGAAGUUUCAAGAACUUAAUGUUCCUGCUGAGCAAYUUAUAAAUGAAAUCCGUAUUGAGUCAUUGAGCUCUGGAAUAYUGUGUUCUCAAGUGAACUGUUCUCACGAGAACUCUUCUAAAAGACCCCUCAACGAUGAAGAUUCCUUUAMUCUUUUUCACUCAGCAUUUAAAAGACAGCUGAAAUCCAAGAGACCCAAACUGAAUUCUUCUCCACCUAGUUCAGGAGUAAGAGUGRAGCCAGAGAGGAUGACAGAGUUCAAGAAAAUCGGAAAGAAACUAUCACUACUUAAGAAUUGCUGCUGCAAAAAUCAAAAAUACAAUAUUUUGGUCACAAUARUGCAUCCUUCUYAUAUCAAAGAAAUACAGACAAAGAYUAAACCRAAACCUUCMUGUAAAGUUCCUGUAGUAACCAUUGUUGUUAYUGACCAGUCAGAAAUUGAGAGAAAGGUGGUGCUGUGGCGUGGUGCUGCAUUUUGGUCUCUCACUGUGUUUCCUGGGGAUAUUGUACUGCUUACAGAUAUAAUAACAUAUGAGAAUCUUUGGAGUGGAGAAAUCAUGCUUCAGUCUACAUUUACCAGUCAAUUACUGAAUCUGGGGAACUGCUCAACUCUCAAUCCAGAAGAAUUUUAUUCUAUAGUGGAUGGUGGUGUUCUCCGUGGCUUAUUGGCAUACAUAUCAUCAGAAUUUCCACACUUCAGAGACAUUCCACACAGACAAGUUCAGAGACUGGAUGAUAUUCAGUAUAUGCAGCUAGAUCAGCUCCAGCCAAAUACAUUGGUGCACUCAAUACUGAAAAUUGUCAAUAUUUCUGUAUUAACAGAAUCUGUGUAUAGCUAUAGAGGUGGCAUCCAAAGAAAAAUUAUUCUAACAGUAGAACAGAACAGAGAUCAACACUAUAGGAUGGUUCUGUGGGGAGCAGGGGCGGCCUGGUGCCCUCAGCUUCAGAGGAAAAAAGAUCACAUAUGGGCCUUCAAAUACCUUCUGGUCCAACGUAGUUGUGUCUCRGGUGACUUGGAACUGCACACAACUCCGUGGUCAUCCUGCGAGUGCUUGUUUGAUGAUGACAAAAGGGCAGUUGAAUUUAAAGAAAAGUUUCAGAAAAGUCAAAUGUCCCUCAUGGAGCUGACAAGGCUMUCAGCACACUUGGAGGAGAAAUGCUCAGGAGUGAUUCAAGUGAAAGCCCAUAUCUUAGAACUGAAGUUUACCAUUUCCACUGGUCAGUACAAGCAACUCAUCUUCUCUKCUGACACAUCACUGGAAUGUGUUUUGGCUUCUCUGCCUAUGAUUACAUAUUCAGGUUGUGCUAAAUGUGGUUUGGAGCUACAGGCAGAUGAGAACAUGAUCUACAAGCAGUGUAUUAGAUGUUUGCCAAACAACAAAGUAAAAACAUUUUACAGACCUGCUUUGAUKACAGUAGAAGAUGAAGGUUCUGAAAUUAAUGUUCAUGUGGUGUCUGAGUUGAUGGAAAAAAUCUUCCUCAAUAUUCCUGCAGACUGGCUGAAGAGAUUAGUAGUGCCYUCUUCAGAUAUAACCUACAGCACAAUAGUAGCAGAUCUGUGUCAUUCACUGCUGGCAGAUACAGAAGCAUCCUAUCUGUUGGAAAUCAGGAGCCACUUUGAGCUAGAUGAGAACAGCUAUCCUUUGCAAAAGGAUUUCCAUCUGCUAAAUUUUCAUCCUGAUCUUUGACCUCUGAACUGAGUGACAAAAAACAUAAAGAYACACAGAUGGCAAGAAGAAGAAAAAUGAGUUAGCUGAAGGAAGCAAAUUUCUUUAAAAAAUUGUGAUAAAGUAUUUUGAUUUUAACUUGUGACAAAAGCAAAACCAACAAAAGGACUGGUAUGGAAUAUUUGCUAAUAGUAUAUACUGCUGUAGURAUACUGAUGAAUUUUCAUAAAUUUUUAUUUUUUUAUACAUGUAUUUUUAUACUGAUAAUUAUGUUAAUAAACUCCAACAAUUACUUCAGUAUGAUUUUCUUUUUCUCCUCAGAAAAGUUCCCUACUAUUGAGAGACUGAAUUUUCCUCAGACCUGGCCGAUUAGAGGAAGACAGAACUCAGUAAUAUUUUAGUUACAUGAUUUUGGUUUUUCUUACCCAAUAUGCUGUCUGUACCUUGGUCUUUUUGUUUUGCUGUUGUGGUUGCUUUCCUUCUUUUAACAGWGGGAUUUUUGCCAUUUACCCUUAGCAAUUUUGCUGCUGUUCUUUUCUCCUGUAAAACAGACCUGUCUUGUAAUCAUUCCUUCUUCAGCUCAAGCUAAGUCUCAAGCACGAGAUCAGAUGGAUGUUGUAUAAAAGGUGGUAGGUAAAAAAAAUUGCUCCAUUAUGUGACAGCUGAAAGCACUACAUUAGAACUCUCUAUUUGAUGAUGUUUCUUGCUUUGAAAUGACUCUUGUUCAGGAAGAGUCAAACAGGGCCUUUCUCAUUUACUUCAUUUGGAUGACCAUGAAUGCAGUGCAUUGGUAAGUGUAUUAGAAUAUGUUUCUUCACAAUUUAGCUGAAAUUAUUGAACACCCAAGCUGGAAGUAUUGUUAUUUUAACAUAUAAGAAGAAAAGAGAAUCAUUGGUACAAUAAAUAUUUUUAUUGUAUGGACCAUAAUGGUACAUCCAGUCAGACAGGUGACUCUCCACUUUAGAGGAACUUGUUAACAGACACUGGACAUUACCUGCAUCUCCCUGCACAAGCUCUUAAACCAACUGUCUGAAACACUGCCAACUGCUUACUUUUAAGAUCUUUAUUGGUAUGAUUUAAAUAGUAAAAGACAAAAUUUAUUUGGUAAAAUUAUUUUAUUCUAGUAAUAUGUUAACUGUAUGAUACCUGUAGUUUUUCUUCCCAGAAAAAAAGAUGGUAACUUCGCUUAUCAGGUUGGUUUGCAGUAGUUUUGUGGGACUGAAAUUUGAAUACAGCUCUUUGGGGUUGAGGGUACUGGUAUUACUACUCCUUUAGCAAAGAUAUAAUKAGGGUUGAGCACUUUAAUAUUCAGUUUAAUGUAAUGAGUUUAGGCUCAUCUUGUGUCCAGUGGUGCAAUUAGCAAGACAGACUUGAGAAUACCCUCUGACAUAUCAGAUGGUAGAUCAGGGGAAGUCUAUUAUCUUACAAUUCCUCUGUGGUAUCUUCUGGUUCAUAAUAUUUUCUUUAUGUAAUAAUAUGAUCAAAAUGGAAAGUGGUUUCAUCUCCCCAGAGAAGCCUCUUUUUUUAAAUACUGGAUUAAUUGAUUCAGUAUCCUGUUUGAAAGGAAGUUGGUUUGAUUUCAGCURUAGAGGUUAUGGUCCUCUUGGAACRCAGUUGUGCAAAAUGUUUUGCUGCAGUAGUCUGUGUGUCUGGUUUAUGACUUUACAGUGUGAAGGGUACAGAGCUCAGGUCCCCAGUGAACAAUCAAGAAGAGAAGAAUGUCCUAUUUUAUUUUGAUUAAGAAUAAUUGCUCCAAAUUGCUGUAUAGAGCAGUCAUUUACUUAAUGAAUAAGACUCCACUACUAAAACAAGACACAUGCCCAGGGGGCUUAAGGUAAUUGGAUUUUCAGUGUAAGAAUGGUCAUACUAGGUCAAACCCAAGGCUGUUGUAAUCAAUGCUCUGUCUCCAGCAGAGACACGUUUAGAAAGAAAUAUUUAAGGACAGGACAGGUCCUUAUCUUACUCCAGUACUGGAAUAGCUUCAGUCACUUGUGACUCYAUGGCUUCUCUGUUUGUCCCUUAGUGUCACCACAAAGUGCUUUAGUUGAGGUUGGCUGAAAACAUCCAGCUGAAUUACUGCAGGAAAUACACUGUGCUGAGGGAUGUGAACAGCUGCCUCUAGGUAUGUGACUGAUAAAACUGUGCCUUCACCCUUCCUGCUCAAAAGAGGUUUUAAAUAUUAUGUUGCUGUUUUAAAUAAAUUCUAAAUGUAUUAGUCAGUAUCUUUUGGGCUUUGUCUGUUUUGGCAUGCUUACUGGGCUUCCCUCUUGUUUGGUGAAGCCACUGUGGUGAUGUGGUGCAGUGGACAUUUAGGCCUGGUGUCAUCACUGGCAAUUCUUGGGUCAUUUUGGGCUCUAUCCAUGUGAGGUAUGAUCAUUUGUGCCCAGAAUUCAUGACCAAGAAAGGGAAUUUACUAGUCAAAAUAAUUAA